AUUUCUGUUUAUGUAAGAAAUACCAGCAGUAAUUUGAUUCUGGGGAGUAUGUGUUAUAUUCAAGCAGCAGAGGGUGAUUCUCUCAUAUUAGACCCGAUUUCACUUUGGGACAUUGUGUGGUUUGAGAAAAGUUAAAAUGUAAUGUGAGUCGACAUAGUUUUAUUGUGAAACGUUUAUCUUACCGGACAUGUAGUUUUUCUUGACUUUUAUAUUCAACUGCAACCUCAGUUGUAUGAGCCGAAGACAAGAAAUUAUAACACCGGGCUGGGGAACCGAAUAGGCUGGUGAGGCGGAGUAUCACCGGUUGUUGUUAUGACCUUAUUACACGGUGAGGUGGGGAUGCGAUGUGAGACGCGCUGCGAGGCUUUGUCUGUGCCGUUAAGCCCACUGUGAACUUGCCGGCCGCAACUUGACAGACUUCAGAGAAAAAAAAGAAACCACCCUGCGAUGUUUUGACAUUUCCCAGUCUUCUGAUAACUGCAGGGUUCAACCCAAAACAAUAGCACUUCAUUAAGCUACCAGAGGGAGUGAGGGCUAUAUAGACUUCAAACUCCAGUUCACCAAACAGACAUCAUGUCUUCCAGGGAGCAUCGGUCAGAUGUCUACAUAAAAGCAGAACCGUGCAGUCCAGAGGGGGGUGGGGGAGGUCGGACCAGCCCCGGCGGGGCCUCUUCAGACUCCUCUCAGAGCGGAGGUGGAGGAACCAGAGGAGAUGGCGCUAAACGUUACUCUCCGCCACUCUACACACCAGCCUUGCAUUGCCACUUUAAAGACGAGGGUGGUGAUGGGGCAGAGGAGAGCUCCACUGGAAAUGGAGCGGGGCGCUGCAAGUACGCCCUAAGCACACUACCCAAGAGGCUCUGUUUAGUAUGUGGGGAUGUGGCUUCAGGCUACCAUUAUGGCGUGGCAUCAUGUGAGGCCUGCAAGGCAUUCUUCAAGAGAACCAUCCAAGGUAACAUUGAAUACAGUUGUCCAGCAUCAAACGAGUGCGAGAUCACCAAACGGCGCAGAAAGGCUUGCCAGGCAUGUCGCUUCACCAAGUGCCUCAAAGUAGGCAUGCUGAAAGAGGGAGUUCGUCUUGACAGGGUCCGGGGUGGAAGACAAAAAUACAAAAGGCGCCCAGAAGUGGAGAAUGCCACGUACCAGAGUGCUCCUCUACCACUGACAAAGGAGAAUGAAAAAGGUUCCUCAAACAUCAUUGUGUCCCACCUCCUAGUGGCAGAGCCAGAGAAGUUAUUUGCCAUGCCCGACCCUCUGCAGCCUGACACAGCCCAGCGGACACUCACCACCCUUUGUGACCUUGCUGACCGUGAGCUGGUUGUGAUCAUCGGCUGGGCCAAACACAUUCCAGGCUUUCUGUCGCUGUCCCUAGCAGACCAGAUGUCUGUACUGCAGUCUGUGUGGCUGGAGGUGCUGGUGCUGGGUGUAGCAUAUCGCUCACUCGGCUGUGAGGAGGAGGUGGUGUUUGCAGAGGAUUUUGUCCUUGAUGAAGAGAUGUCACGGGUUGCAGGACUGACAGAGCUGAAUGCAGCAAUUAGUCAACUUGCCCGCCGUUUCCGGGUGCUAAAUGUGGACCGGGAGGAAUAUGUCAUGCUAAAAGCCAUCGCACUCACUAACUCAGACUCGGUUUACAUCGAGGACAUGGAAGCUGUACAGAAGCUGCGAGACCUCCUCCACCAGGCCCUGUUGGAGCUGGAAUGUCAGCGACGCCCUGACGACCCCCAGCGGGCAGGACGCCUCCUUUUAACGUUGCCUCUCCUCCGACAGACUGCUGGUCGCGCUCUUACCACAUUCUACAGCAUUAAGACCCGUGGAGGUGUACCCAUGCACAAACUAUUCCUGGAGAUGCUGGAAGCCAUGAUGGACUCUCCCUAGAGUAGCAGGAGUAAAGUGGAUGGAGAGAAAGGCCCACGAUGGUUUAUGAGGUUUUAUUAUGGAUUUAAUAAUAAUGAAAAUGGCCGUUUUUACCCUUUAGGCUACAUGAACAAAGAAUAGGAACAAGAGAAAAGAAAUAAAACUUGUGUAUUGUCCCUUAGUGGGAACUGAUUAUUUACAGAAAGAGGUAACUGCCAAACUUCAGUCAAAGGCUCCAAGAUCCAAGAGUGAAAACAAUUAACAUAAGUACCAGAAUGCUUCUCAGUUUCAACUGCUGUGUUCCAUCACAGCGUCAGUCUGCAGUUGCAUAACCACUGAAGAGCAACAUGUCAGUACUCAUGAACAAACUGUUAUCAUGUGGCUUUUGAACUCUUUUAAAUAAUCAUCUACUCAUGAAAGCCAUAACAACAUCUCUGGCAAAAGACUUGAGGGUCCAGCAUAGGGUUAGAUUGUCGUGCACAUUGAGUGCUUAUAUUCACUAUAGUUUAGUGUGCUGCUGUUGGCAAAUUCAUUGGAAUUGCUUGCAAUAUGUUAAAAGCAAUAUAAUGACUCGAUUAUUGUCUGUCACAUUUAAAAUGUGGAUAAAAUGGUGAGACAUCUGAUUGUGUGUGCGUGUGUGUAUACCAGUAGUUCCCCACUAUCAGGACCCCAAUUGCUGUUUUGGCUUCUCGUAAAAACUGGUUUUUGGAUGGACAGGAAACGAUUUAGAGACCUGGCACGAGAGAAAACCAGUAGUACUUUGGGGGUUAAAUACUGGCAUUGGGAACCACUGGUGUGCACAGUAGGUGCAUGAUUCUUUAUAAAAGGUUACACAGUUGAUUUGCAGUCCAGAAGAGGUGCAUAUGAAGAUUGUGUGCUCUACUUGAAAGGUAAUAUGUUCAUGCAUUGCAUGAAAAUCCUAUUGGCGCAUACACACAAAAUACAAGUAAGCUUGUGCAGUCAAAACCAGUGGGUUAUACUGAGAUCAGGGAAGUACACAACUCUGACAGAAAAGCCAGUGUGGCAACAUAAGUGGUCAGAAAAAAAUGCAUAUGCCUCAUCUGCUUUUUUUUAUAUUAUCCUCCACUAGAUCUAACCACUGUUUUUAACUUCAGCAGCUGUGGUCUGAUUUAUGUGGCCUGUUUCAUUUGUGGGAUAUAAUGUGUUACUCUAAUCCAUAUGUAUAUGAUAUGAUUGAUAGGUUUAUGAUGAGAUUUUACUGCAUUUUCUGCAGUAAUGAAAAAUGUUGCAUAAAAGACCUCUGCCGUCUCAACGCGAGAGCUCUUCUUUCUGUUUGUACAUGUGUUGAAGUUUAACUUGCCCGUACAAAGCUCAGGGCAACAAGAAAUGCAACAUAUGCAGCAUCUUCCUUUUGGAUGUUGAAACCUUGUCUGAAAAUACCCUGAAAGUCCUACUCAUUGUCCAGUAGGCUUGUGUAUUUACAGUCUAAAUGAUCACUAUAUUGAGCUUCACAUGCAAUGCAAAGGUACAGUAUCUGAUGUCAAAAUCAGCUCCGUAGAAAUAACACUUAGUGGCCAUAAAGCCAUUAAUCUUUUAGCCAUGUACAGUUCCAUUUAAGUAAACAGAAACAUGCAAUUUGUAGUGGAACAUAACAAAGCCAGCAAAUGCCAUACAGAUUCCCCAUUAUACUUAUAUUUGUGCAGCUCACAGUGUACUGAAAUUUGUAAAGACUUGCUUUUUCAUACAUUUUUCUUUCUAGGGUUUAGGGUAUUUUAUUGAUAUUGUGACACAGUUGUGGGUUUGGUGUUGGAAUGAAGCUUUCCAUUCGUGAUAUUAUGAACACUAGUUAUUAUUUGCUUUUAUGUAAGCAGUUGUGUGUUUUCUGAAGCUGACUGUCACUUCAUCAAUUUCCAUGGCUCUAUGGAUCCAGCUGGAUGGUGAGGGUACAGAGGGCUACCUCAGGAGGCAGAGUAAGCCAGAUGGCCAAGUAACUGUGGAGAUGAACAUAAUUCUUGAUCUUUUGAUUUGUCAAAUGAAAUCUGAAUAUUAGGCAUAUUGAAUGUCUUGCAGUUGUGCAGCCAACCAAGGCCCUUUUCAUGCUAUGUGAGAUGCCUCCUGGUACAAAGCGUCACACACUGAAGGGCUGUGGUUUCACAGAACAGAUGGUGUGGCUUGAAAACACUGGAGGUCUUGAAAAGAGUUCAACUUGUAACACACUGGUGUUAUUUUAGCAACAGCGAGCACUGUGGAGCAGGCAUUGAUGUGUCUGCCGAAAUGUGACUCUACACCUGUUUUGUUUUGUUCUCAUAUGCUGCAGCUUACACAUUCAUGUCAUCUAAAAAGGUUUAUGGUCCGUGAUUUAUUUACUAACCUACCUUCUCAAAUCAGAUUUUUAAAGUGAACAAAUAAAUAUAGAAGCCUCGGUUGAGAGCUGUUAAAACUGUCAUUAAAGUAAAGGUACAUUUUUUUCAUUAGCGUACAAAUAUGUCUUGGGGACAAAGGGUUUGGGUGAAGGCAGGGUCAACUGCAGUGUCACUAUACUAUCAUUUGUAGCCUCUAUUAAGUAUGUGCGCAUUAAUAUAAAUGAGCAAUACAAUAAAUUACCAGACCUCACACAGCUCCUUGUAUAGCCACCAGUGUACAUUUAACAUAGUCAGUUAUGAAGAAUAGAUACUAAACAUAUUAUUUAGAAGUUCAAAUCAAUGUUUGUAUUUUGAAACACUAUUUAAAUGAUUAAAUUCUAUUUUUUACUCAAUUUACUGUUGUUUGUUGACACCGUUUUAUUUUUAUGUGUGAUAUUGGCUGUGAAUUUCUGUGCGUAGGCUUUUUUCCCCAUUUAGAUGAAACAGUUUGUCCUUGUCUAAACAUGUCCACAUAAAAAUCACUGUGAAAAAAGUGAGAUCUUCCGCUGUGUGACAUAACCGGAAGUGGAUUAUUGUAGGUGCUUUGUGUUGUGUAAUAAACAGACA